AUGGCCAUCUUCCCUGAAUAUCAGCAACUCGUCGACCAGAAGCGGGCAAAACAAGCAUCUCUCAUUCCCCCAGAAUGGCGCCUCCCUAAAGCCAUAACUGACAAGGUGUCCCCGAGCAGCAACGCCAGCGCCUUUGAUCUCAUGCUCGAGCACCAAAUCCUCACCAAGGAGGAGCUGGACAUUACUGAAAACUAUACCGCUGCUGCACUCGUCAAGUCCAUGGCUGCGGGCAACUUGACUUCUUUAGAGGUUACCACCGCGUUUUGCAAACGCUCCGCUGUCGCUCAGCAAUUGACAAAUUGCCUCACGGAGAUAUUCUUUGAGAAGGCCUUUGAGCGAGCACGCCAACUAGAUGAGUACUUGGCCAAAGAAGGGGUACCUAAAGGUCCGCUACACGGUCUGCCUAUUAGUAUCAAGGACACAUACAUGGUAGAAGGCGAAUACGCCACCAUUAGCUAUGUGUCUAAGCUCAAGCUUCCCACAGCUACGUCUAACUCUGCCAUCGUUGACAUUCUUCUCGAAGCCGGCGCAGUGCUAUACGUGAAAACAACCGUACCACAGACACUUUUCGUGUGUGAGUCGUUCAACUCCAUCUUUGGCACAACGCUGAACCCGCAUCGUCUGUCCCUGUCGGCUGGGGGAAGCACUUCGGGGGAGGGUGUCCUUGUAGCCUUUCGAGGUUCUGUCCUCGGCGUCGGCAGCGAUAUUGGCGGGUCGGCUCGAGUGCCAGCACUUGCCAACGGUACCUACGGCUUCAAGCCGUCAUCCAACCGCCUUCCCUAUGGCGGGCAACAGGAAAUCCUUCGCAAGGGGUGGCCCGGCAUCAUGCCCGCGGCGGGCCCUUUGGCCUCAAGCGCCGAGGACCUGACGCUCUUCACUAGGACCGUGAUUGAGGCGCGACCAUGGCUGCACGAUGCGACUGCAUACCACAUUCCAUGGCGCAGCGUUCCCAAGAAGGACAGACUGGUGGUUGGCUUCUUCCCUGGAGACGAACUUUUUCCCGUCUUCCCUCCCAUUGCACGCGCCCUUAGCACGGCCGUGGACAAGCUUAAGGCUGCUGGCCACACAGUGAAACGCCUUACUUGUCCUCCAUUAAUAGCCAUCCUCACCACUGCCGCGCGUUCGUUUGCUCUUGAUCAAAGCGGUCGAUUUGGUGGCUGGCUGGCCGAGGCGGGAGAGGAGCCCAUCAAGGCUGUAAGUGACCUGAUCGCGCAAAUGCACUCAGGCGCGGACGACAUUUCCCUUGAGAGUGUAUGGCAGUUCACUGCCGAGCGCGAGGAUAUUCUCGAGGAGUCGGCCAAGAUCUGGCGCGAAAACGAGCUCGAUGUUCUCCUUACCCCCGGCGCGCGAGGGACUGCUGUCCCCCACGGAAACUUUGGCAUGCCGAUCUAUUCAAUCCCGUGGAACCUGUUGGACGUAGUCGGGUGGAGGUUUGAGGAUGAGGAGGUUCUCAACGCGACAGAGGUCAUCUCGGAAGUCCUUAACAACUAG